AUGGCCAACUUACCGGUACCUCGUGUACAACCUCUUCGCUGUUUUCGUCACACUGGUUUGGAUUAUGCUGGACCUGUAUCUAUAAAAAUAUCCUCUGGCCGUACAUCAAAGAUCGGAAAGGCAUGGUUCGCAAUUUUCGUGUGUUUAUCGACAAAGGCACUUCACAUCGAAGUUGUAAGCGAUCUCACAACUCAAACUUUCAUUGCAGCAUUCAAGCGGUUUUGGUCACGACGAGGUCCUAUCACAGACUUAUAUUCGGACAACGGUACCACGUUCCAAGGUGCCAAGAAGAAGUUGGACGAGAUGCGUCAGCUAGCUCUGUCUCACUGUCAAGACGAGGCUUUGGCUAAUUUUAUAUCCAGCCAAAGCAUAUCAUGGCAUUUCAUACCCCCGUCGGCUCCACACUUUGGCGGUAUUUGGGAGUCGAAUGUUAAGUCGAUAAAGCUACAUCUUCGGCGAGUGGUUGGCGACAGCGUUCUAACUUUUGAGGAGUACUCUACAAUACUUUCGCAAAUUGAAAGCAUCUUGAAUUCACGACCGCUGUGCCCGUUAAGUGACCAUAGCCUCGACCCACUUACACCAGCUCAUUUUUUGAUCGGCGAACCACAUACAGCUGUACCUGAGCCCUCUCUUCUGGAAGUUAACGUAAACAGGCUGCAACGGUGGUCGCAACUGCAAGCUAUGGUGCAAGGGUUUUGGAAACGUUGGCACCUGGAAUACAUCGCAUCAUUACAACCCCGCAACAAAUGGCAGCUUGCAAGAGAAAACGUCGCGGCAGGUACACUUGUUGUGCUGAAGGAACCGAACCUACCGCCUACUAAGUGGCUAGUCGGUCGCACUACCGCAGUCCACGCUGGUCCGGAUGACAAAGUUCGAGUGGUCACCGUGCAAACUGCCCGAGGCAUCUAUAAGCGUCCUAUUGUAAAAGUGGCCAUUCUACCUCUUUUCUGA